AUGAUGCUGCUCAAGUUCGCAGCACUUCUGUGCGGCGCGAGCGCCCUGCUGGCCCCGCAAACCCCCUGCCGCGCCCGCCCGCGGACCCGCGUAGGAGCGUCCUUCGUGGACCUCGCGCCGGAGCUGCCCGGGUCCCUCGUCGCGGCCCUCCGGGAGCGGAACAUCGUCGCGCCGACGCCGAUCCAGGAGGCCGCCGUGGGCCCGCUCCUCGGCGGCGCGUCGGCCAUGCUCGCCGCGGAGACGGGCAGCGGCAAGUCCGUCGCCUUCCUGCUGCCGACCGUCGCGCGGCUCGAGGCGCUCGACGCCGGCGGCGACGUCGCGGCCGCCGUGCUCGUGCUCGCGCCGACGCGCGAGCUGGCGCUGCAGCUCGCGGCGGACGCCGCGGGCAUCGUCGGCGACGAGUCGAAGGUGCAGCUCCUCGUCGUCGGCGCGGCGACGACGGCCGACGCGUUGAAGGCCGCACGCGUCGUCGUCGCGACGCCGAAGGAGGCGCUCGACGCGUUCUCCGCCUACAAGGUCCUCGGCAAGAAGGCGGCGGCGUUCGGCGCCGUCGUCCUCGACGAGGUCGACGCCCUCCUGCCACCCAAAAAGAAGGACUACCGCUCCGCGGGCACGAAGAAGCGCGCCGCGCAGACGGGAAAAAAGAAGAAGCAGCUCACGGAGAAGCGCCAGGCGGCGAACUCGCCCGCGGAGGACGUCUUGCGCUUCGUCGUCAAGGCGAACCCGCGGCCCGAGCUCCAGGUCGUCGCCGCGUCGGCGACGGCGUCGCGCGCGACGCGCGACGCGCUCCGGUCCGUGCUCCGCCAGGACCCCUACGGCCGCUGGUCCGAGGCGCCCCUCGACCUCUUUCGGGUUGGCGAGGCCGAGGCGGAGCAGAAGUCGCGGUCCGUCGUCGUGCCGAGCUGCGUCGCCCACCGCUACGCGACGGUGGAGAAGGGCGCGUCGUUGGACGUGACGAUGCGCCGCGUCGCGAAAGCCGCGGAGGCGCUGGCGCCCACGUCGGCGCUCGUCUUCCUCUCGGCGGCGUCGGGCUUCACGGUCAAGGACGCCGUGUCGUCCCUGGACAAGGCCGGCGUGCCCGCGGAGCCGUUGCAUUCGGCGCUGAAUUUGGACAAGCGCGCGGUCAAGGACGCCGCGCCGGGCCCGACGGACCUGCGGGCGGUGCUCGACGGCGGCCACGCGCGCGUCGCCGGGUCCUUCGCCGCGGCCGCGAGCGGCGCCGCGUCCGCCGCCGCGCCCGUCUUCGUGACCUUCGAGGACUCCGCGCGGGGGCUCCACUUCGACGGCGUCGACGCGGUCUUCUCCGUGGGGCUCCCGGCGACGCCGGCGUCCUACCUCCACGUCGCGGGGCGCACGGGCCGGCGCCUCGGCGGCGAGACGCGGCCGGGCACCGUCGUCACGGUCCUCCCGCCCAAGGCCGUCCCCAUCCUCGAGUCCUGGUCCAACCAGCUCGGCGACGUCGCCUUCGACGAGCUCUAGCGGCGCGCUUAAUGGUGUUUCGAUCGU